CCAGAUCACUGAAACAGCAGGAUGUAAACUGCCCCACUGAAAAAGAAGGAAACUGGACAGGUCCUGCUGAGGAGGAUUAGGAGACCAGCAAAGCCGCUGUAGCUGUGUUGAAUGAAGGAAGCCUGCCUCUCAGAGUGGCUGUGGUCCAUCCCACUGGUCGUUUCUAUACACAACGGCUACAGAUUUCCAUCCGGACCACCAGAUACACUGGAGUAGAGACUCCCAAUAUAAAACUGAAUUCUCAAGAACAGCUGAGGCCUGGGACAAUCAUCUGGCAUUCACCUACACAGUAGCUCUCAAUCUGGCUAGAGUCUUAUGAUCUCCUUCCUGACCUUUGCAGGCUAGGCACACACAUGGUGCACAUACAUAUAUGCAAGCAAAUACUCAUACAAUGAAACAAGAAGAAAUGUCUUUAAAAAUAAUGGUGAAUGAUCUGCUCAGGUGCCAUAUUUUUGGCCUACUCUUGAACUCCAAAGCCCAGCUAUUCCAAAAUGCUCUAGCAUGUCCACCUCUCCAGGAUGCUGCCAUGGAGGACCUACAACUUGUACCUGUCAAGCCAACACAGCUGUCUCUAGAGAAUGCCUCCACUUUCAUCUUAUUCAAAGAUUCCCACCUGUGUCAUAGAUGCCAGGCAGAACAUUACUGAACACUUUUCGGAAUGUUCUUUAACCCCUUCUCUUCAAGAUAUGGCCCUUCCUAGGCAGUACCUAGCAGUAGGCUAGGAAUGCAACACCUCAGGCUCCACCAAUCACAACUUUGCGUUUGAACAAAAGUCCCAAGUGAUUCCAUUCCUAUGUGAACUGUGGUCUGAGAGACACUGUCUUAAACCACCUCUUCUUUUCUAGAAGUAAUCUCAGACUCUAUUGGAAACAAAGGCAGGGUUGGGUCAAGAAGCAAAAAUGAUAGGUAAAAGACACAUUUGCAAUCGCUCCUUCUUUAAGAUCACCUUGUUUAACUCUGUACCAAGUUUGAACAUUUGGCUCCUGGGCAUGAGUUCUCCCUCAAGAGGCUUCUUCAUCAUUCACCACCUCACAGGGAUGGACUUUGAAGCAACUGCUAUUUCCUUAAAACCAUCUCACACAUCAAGAUUCUUGCCGCUCACCCUCCUGAAGCUUGGAUUAGUCUAGCACCUAGACAGCUGCCAUUUCUAUUCACUUCAAGCAAACAGGGGUUAGCUCAAAGUUAAGGUCUGCCAGAUGAGGAAGUUUGAGCUUUCUUUGUAGGGCAAACCCAUUUUCUUCAACAGUGACUCAGCACAUCCCUUCAAGCACGCCGUUACCAGUCUUAAAAUAGAGAAAUAGAUGGAGGCUGAGACACAGAGAGACCUUUGAAAAAAAGAAUAAGAAAAGAGUCAAAAAGAUACUAAUUUGGAGAUAGGUAAAUUCCUGCCUCAUCUCUUAGCUAUAGCUGUGUGUGGCAAGCUGCAGGUGGAAGGCCUUUCUUCUAUCUCCACUUCUACAUCUUCCUUCGGCUUACAAGGCUAACUUAGAGUGCCAGAUUAUUAAUGAAACCCUUACGACUCCUCCUCUAACUGAGAGGAUUAUGAUAUUUCAGAACUCUACCCUAGUCUACUGGAAGCUCACUUCUGUACGAGGAGGGAAGGGGUUGUAGUGUUUCCUAUAAACAAAUGUGUUCUCAACAUGCUUCUUAGAUCUGAUGUACAUCAAACAUUACUCUUCAGGAAGUAUACUUGCAUUCUCAAAUAAAAAAUGAAAGGGAGAAAAAAAUGAAAGGGAGGAAAGUUUGUUCAAGGUGGGGGUGGGGAGGUCAAGGUCAUCACAAGGGAACCCACAGCUGACCUGGGCUCAUAGGAGCUUGCAAACUCUGGAUCUACAGCUAGGGAGCCUGUAUGGGACCUACCUAGUCCCUCGACAUAUGUGUGACAGUGUAUAUUUUGAUCUACUUGUGGUGAGAACAGGGCCUGACCCUCCCUCAUACUUUGGCUGGCUUCCAGGAACCUUUUCUUUAUACUGGGUUGCCUUGCCCAGCCUUAAUACAAGGGGAGGAGCUUAGUCCUACCUCAACUUGAUAUGUCAGAAUUUGUUGACAUCCAUGAGAGGCCUGCCUCUUUCUGAACAGACACAGAGGAGGAGUGGAUUGGGAGUGGAGGAUGAGGGGAGAGAAUUGGAGGAGAGGAGGGAGAGGAAACUCCAGCUGGCAUGUAAAAUAAAUGAAUAAAUUUAAUUAAUAAUGAUAAUUAAAAGAAGAAAACGAGAAGAAAGAUUGGCCAUUGAGGAAAUCAGAAGACAAAUCCUUACAUCCCCUUCUAACCCAUUUUUUUGCCAUUUAACUUGAUUUCCUUACCCAGGCACAAUGCCUGUGCUGGUAGAUUGGCAGUUGUGGUCUCAGGUGGUCAUGGUUUCAUCCAUUGCGAGGAGUGGGCUGUGACCACUCUUAGUAUUUAAGAGGCUCUCCAGUGAGUAGGCAGCACAUCCUAUGGCUGAAAUUUCCUGUUGCUGAAAUGGCACCUAAGAAGAAAGCAAAAGUGGAUAUCGUUCCCGACGAGCCUUUAACUGCUAUACACCAAGUCGCCUGUAUGCUGAUGAACAUCAGUGAUGUUUAUUACUUCUUGAGUUACUAUUACAACGAUCAGGUGGCAGUGGCUGGUUUUGGAGCACAUAUUCAGGACCAGGCUGUGACAAGAUGGCACGAAGCCAAAAAGUCUCUGAAAUACAUCACAGGAAGAGGUAAUAAGGUCUGCCUUCCAGAUAUUCAGAGGCCUGAAAUAAACAACUGGGAACAUAUUAACUGUCUGACAACUGCUCUAGAUAUGGAAAAAGAGUUAACCAAGGUCCUGCAAAAUCUUCAUGCCUCGGCCUUUAAUAUUGGAGAUACCGAUACAUUAAACUUUGUGAGAGAGUUAAUACCUAAACAGAACAAAAAUGAAGAACGUUUGGAAAGGGAAAUUGCUGAGCUGAAGAGGCAAAAUGAGAAGUCUCCGAUGUAGGAGGAAGAGGAGGAGAAGGUAGAGGAAACAUGCCUGUACCCUGUCACCCUGACUUGGAAGUUACCAAGGAAAUAACUGAGUGGUAGCAAAUAGCAUCAACCAUUUUAUUGCCGGUCUUAGAGUCAGUAAUUUAAAGUCUGUCUUUUCCACUUGCCUGAGGAAUUUUUUCCUUCUUAUUGUCUCAUGGAUGAAAAUAAAUCUGUUCUGCACUGUAA